UCGAUGAGGACGAUCUUUCUGUUGCGAAAGUAGAAAAGAUGAUCGUGAAUCAAGAGAUAGCUUCGGAUAGAACUGAGCUAUUAAGAAGCGAUGAGGAUAGAAGGGGUAGUGUGAUAGCCCGAUUAGGUCGAAGACAAGAACGUGCACCCUACAGAUCAAAUUUCCGUAGUAGAAGUAGAAGUGACAGUCGAAAUCGGUAUUUUGCGUUUAGAAAUAGAAGUGAUGGAAGAUAUGACGAUAGAAAAAGUUACAAUUCCGACAAGGAGUUCUUUUGCUCAUAUUGCAAGAAAAAGGGACAUGUGAGAAAAUACUGUUAUAAACUCAAAAACAGAAGCCCUCGUAAACUCAAAUCGGGCGUUAAAUUUGUUGAUUCGCCUAAGCCUUCUGAACAAGGAACAAGUUCAUUAUUUAAAAGAUUAAAAGAGGAUAUGCAGACUGAUUCAGAGGAUGAUUCACCGUGUUUGAUGAUUUCGGCCGUGAAUAAAAUGAGUGAGCCGUGUUAUGUUGAGGCUAAAAUCGAAAAUAGAAAAAUUACUAUGGAAAUUGACUGUGGCUCGGCGGAGAGCGUAAUCUCUGAGGUUUCAUUUUUGCGUUAUUUUAGAAAUCUCACUGUGGAACCAUGCAAUAAGCGAUUAGUGGUUAUAGACGGAAAGAAAUUGAAGGUUUUAGGAAAGGUAGAAGUUUCAGUGCAGUUAGGUGACUUUAAUGGAAAAUUUUAUCUGAUAAUUCUGCGCUGCGAAAAUAAUUUUGUUCCUUUAAUGGGACGCACCUGGCUGGAUACUUUUUACGCGGGAUGGAGAAAUGUGUUUUCGAGACCGACUGCUACUAUGGAAUACAUCAGCGCGAUAAAUGACAACGAGACAAUUCAUGAAUUGAAGUGUUUCUCUGGGAGGCAGAGUUGUUUCGGCGCACAAGCGUCAGCUCAAGGUAGUACCAGCCUCUCGCCGGAAAGCAACUAGUACUUUUGUUUUCCAUGGAGAGAGUGCUUCUUUGCAAACUGAGCCAGUUGAACACCAGAGCCACUUUGAACC